AUGCACGAGUAUUGUCUUUCCCCGAAGUCGGAUGAGGAAGAACAGAUACAGAAUUCGCACGCGCUAUAUGGACGAAAGAUAGGCUACGCUUAUACGGUCUUAGUAGCUGUAUCCGAUGUUCUGUAUCUAAUAGUGAUCGAACACAGUUGCGGUUUGUUCGUAGCUUUAAGAUAUAAUAAUGAAUGGUAUAGCAUGCCUAUAAUAGCAAGAAAGCUUCUUAUAAUGAUAAUGAUGAGAAGUGAAAAACCAUUGGGACUGAGAAUGGGUAUUACGUACGUCAUCGUCAUACUUUAUGCUACUACGGUCUUUGUAACAAAAAUUUCUCACGUCUUACUAGCUGUAUCCGAUGUUCUGUAUCUAAUAGUGAUCGAACACAGUUGCGGUUUGUUCGUAGCUUUAAGAUAUAAUACUGAAUGGUAUAGUAUGCCUAUAGCAGCAAGAAAGCUUCUUAUAAUGAUAAUGAUGAGAAGUGAAAAACCAUUGGGACUGAGAAUGGGUAAAAUCGUUGUAUUGUCAUAUAUAACUUUUAAUACAGUAUUACGUACGUCAUCGUCAUACUUUAUGCUACUACGGUCUUUGUAA